UUUCUCAAAAUGGCGUCCGAAAAAUUGUUCGAUUCAAGAUGGCGUACGUGCGCGACAGCGACACGUCGCUGUGGCUACAUAAUAAGCUCGGAACGAGUAACGAUCUGUGGUCGGGUUAUUCCAUUUGUUCCCAGCUGAACCAGGAUGUGUUAAAAAACAUCAGAGAAUGUUUCAUUGACCUACAGUCACAGGUUAAGCUAAAACUGUUACUCUCCUUCCUGCACAUACCGAGACGCAAUGUCGAAGAGUGGAAGACGGAGUUAGAGGACAUUCUGGAAGUGGCGUCGGCCGACAGUGACCAGUGGGUCAGUAUGCUCGCCGAGCUGCUGCGUUCGUUUCCAGGCAGCGGGACGCUGAAUUUCAACAUCGAAGAGAAUUCUGGCGUCUUUGUCGACCUCUGCAACGACCUUCGAAAGCUAGUGAAAAAACACGCCGACAAGAACAUCCUUCCCCUGGAGUGCCUGUACCUAAACAAACACGCCCUGACUGCAUUAGUUGGCCAGCUUCCGCAGCCAGUGAAGCACUUUGCUCUGAAGCGAAAGCCCAAAUCAGCUGCCCUCCGUGCUGAACUUCUCCAAAAGUCACAAGAUGCCCUGUCAAAUGCCAAGCGGAACACAUCGUCUUCAUCUGUGCCCAUUAGGUGUCGAGGGCUUACAAAGAACCUGAAUGAUUCAAGCCCACUGAGGGGUAUCCCAAGCCGUGUGCCAACGGGUGGCUUCAAGACGCCCACCAGUGGCAACCGUCUCAGUUCGGGUACUCCACUCAGUCGGUCUCUCACCAAGCCUCUGGGGAACAAAAAAGAUGGCGGCAUCAAGUUGCUGGACAUCAACGAGCAACCACUUGGUUACGGAAGGGAUGCAAAACGUAGGAAGAAGCCCACGGAGGAAAUACCAGAGAUGCAGAAGAAAGACAAAGAAGCACCGACUACUCCCACAACAUCGGCAGCACCUGUGACACCAGACUAUGCAGCUGGCCUGCUUUCAUCUUCACAGCUCUCCUCAGUGCCAGCCUCUCCUGCUGCAUCUUACGGCAUCCCCGCCACUGGUACAGCCUUACCAGCCAUUGCUGCUAAGACGAACCCGCCGUUGCAAGCUUCAGGGGGCGGUGGCAGCCAAACUGGGACCACGACCAAGCCAGGAGCUACGUUGGAGCAGAGCACAGCUGCACCGGCGCAACCACACGAGGCCAUGCCGCCGAGCACCAGUGUGGAUGCAAGCACAGGCAUGGCCACGGCGGCGGCAACUGUGGUUGUUGCACCAACGACGAGCACCGUGGUCUCGGUGGCAGCCCCGCCCAAUGCAGUGGUGCGUCGGACCACGGCUACCAUAGGGGAACUGGGUGCCCUGAACAGUGCCACCACCACAACAGCAGUGCAGCACAUUGCGGUGCAGAAAGUGCAGCCCGUGGUGUCGCAGCAGACAGCAGUCGUGGUGACCACCCAGCCGCAGCAGCGCGUUGGACUCUCCCUCUCGUUGGACCAAGUUUCUGAGGCACAAGAAAUGUUCAAGAACUCCAACAAGGUGUCGCGUUCUGAAAAGGCACUCAUCCUGGGUUUCAUGGCUGGUUCCAGAGCCAAUCCUUGCCCGGAACUCGGAAACCUCAUCACUAUCCGGCUGAGUGAAAACAAGGAAGAAAUCGUCCAGCCCAACGGCACUGUAAAGCAGGCCAUUGUGGAAACGCACUUCCAGAUGAACUACACCACAGGGGAGUGGAAGAGGGUACGAAAGAUUCGGGAGGUGGAAGACUGAAGGAAGGAAAAGGCUGCCUUUGGCUGGUGGACUUUGUUGUCCUUCGUUUGUUUGUUUGUUUUGGUGAAGUGAGAACAGCGUAAGGCUCUCUAGAGGUGGCACAGACGUGACUGGUGCAUUUUUGACGAGGCUCAUCUCAUUGUGUUGUGUGUUGCAUCAAAAAAGAAGGGAGGACUCCACAAAUGGCAAGUUUGGGGUGUAAAGCCUCAAAUUUCUUCUUUUUCAUCUUUUUUUGUUUGUUUGUCUUUGUGUCUUCUAGGCAGGCAGCAAAAGUCAUUGCAGUUCUUGUGUUGUUGUAUAAAUUAAGAAAAAAAGGAACCUCCUGUCAUGUAUGUUAAUGAUCGUUGUUAAGAAGCUAGAGGUGGUCGUAAAGAAGACGACGAAAUGAGGCUGUGUUUAGAGUAAAGAAGCUGGCUGACCCCGUAGUCUAGCACUACUGGAUAUUACUGCAACUACAAUCUGCAGCUGUUUUCUCUCUCUCAACAGUGAAGACACAUGUUCAGUACCUGCAAUAUGGGCAAAGUAUGAAGAAUGCCAACACAUGUAGGGUAUGAACUAUAUCACCGGAUCUAUGCCAACUCACAUAGACUGCUUUCAUCAAAUACGCAGUGUCGAUUUCGUCAGGCUGAUCUAAACGGCAAUCCUUACUAUUAUUUGAAGAACAGUUGUGGCUACAAUACAUUUUCGUUUUUCUUUUUGACAGGGAAUGCAGUCACCUGCCUUUGAUCUCAGGAGUGCCUUCUGUUGGCAUCGUAUAUUGAACUUUUUGACAGGCUGCUUGGCAGAAAGUUCUCGUGAUUGCAGACUUUGUAGUCGAGAGUUGACCUGUGGGGUUAAGAACCAAAUGCACUCUUUAACUACACACCACAUGUAUCACCGUUUGCUCCAAACACAUCAUUCUCGUAUGUGUAUGGUACUUUGUCAUUCUAAUAGCCCCUCAUACCUUCUUUUUUUUUUUUCAUUUUUCGUUCUUGCAAAGCAUCAUUGACGACUUUGUAAGUAGGUGCCACACGUCAGAAGUUCGUUCCGAGAGUCUUUUAAACCUUGUACAGUGUACAUCCUGGCAUCAUUAUGACGAAGUGUUUUCGCGCUCCGUCACUGUUUAGUCGCUAAGAGAAGACGUUUGGAUUUAAAGGCAGCGGGCCAUUCGCGUUAGAGCUUGUGUAUGAUAGUCACUUUGCAAAUAACCUUCAAUGUACAUAUAUAUACACUCGACCCAUGCAUAAUUUUUCAUCGCUGGUAAUUUGUUUUAUGCGGUCUCUUUUCAAAACAAGACGCCAUUGCGUAGUACACAAGGCCUGUUAGGCUUACUUUUAAACUAAAGAAAGAAAAUGCAUUUCUAUAUUCUGUAUUGACAUUUCAGAUGCCUUAUUUAUUCUGUUGUCCUGUUCUGCAUUGUCAAAUUCCAGGAAUGCUGUGCUUCUUGUGUUGCUGAAAAAAAAAGAAAAUAUAUGUGUUAUUGACGCUUCAUUUGCAGUAAAAAGUGAGGCGGGCAUUGUGAGCGGAUGAAUUCUUGCGCAUGCAAGGACUGUGCAAUUCUGGCAAGCUUAUCAGUCUAUGCUUCCCUUUAAGUUGUUUGUCUGUUCUGAAUUGUACUAGAUGGACUGCCUGUGUAAGUGUGAACUCUAUCGCUGUAUAAUGUAUACUGUGUAAUAUCCUCUUCUUUCAUGCCGAAGGUCCCAUGUUUGGAGAACGAAGAAAUGAUACAAAUAAAUAUUUUCACAACGUUAAAA